GAAACAGGUGUAUAUCAAGGCCGAGCUUGGAAGCGCUCGGUUUAAAUCUGGCGGCAUGAUUAGGGCAUUUCGACUAUCAGGUGUUAUCACCAACUCCAGUCCGUUGUAUAUAAAAGAAGAAAGGUGCAUUGUGUACUCCAAUGACAAAUCUGUUGUUGUCUUCAAUCUACACACAGGAAAAACUUUACUGCUAAAUGGACACAGGGACUCAGUUAUUGGACUUGUCCCAGAUAUUCACAGAUCUCACUAUGUAAUUUCGAGUGGCUUGGAUGGUAAAGUAAUAACCUGGGACAUUAAAACUUGUGAGAAGAUUCAGAAUAUAGAAACACGAUUUCCUAUUGGCUUUUGUUUUCCAACAGAACAUGGAUACACUUUAAGUCAUUCUCUCAAAGAUAAACAUUCCAUUAAAUCAUAUGAUUGUACGACUGGGGAUUUCGUAGAAAUUGUAAAUUUUCCCAAAGGAUCCAAAUUAACAUAUAAAAAUCCUGACUUUGUAGCUUGUGUACAUGAGUUCGAACUUAUUGUGUAUUGGAUGGACUUCAAUGUUUCUGUAAGGUACCCACUUCCAUCUUCUAAGGAGCAUACAGAAAAAAAGAAAUACACAUGUAUCGCAGCUCAUCCAAACGAUUGUAUCCUUGCUACGGGGAAUGCUGUUGGCGAAAUUUUUAUCUGGUGGGAUUUAUGCUCUCAGAUAGACAAUCAUUUAGAAAUGUUAAAUCCUAUCUCUGACAAUUGGAUUGAAGAAGGCAAUCCUCCAGAAAAUGAUACUUUUAAUGAUGUGAAAAUAAUUGUCAAGGAGAAAAUUAAGGCAGGCGGUCGUCCACUCAGUUAUUAUCCAGUUCAUCCGUCUCGUGUUAAACGAUCCCUACUUCAUUGGCAUAGUAUGGAAGUAACAAGUCUUUGUUUUACUUCAUGCGGUGCACAUCUGCUUUCUGGUGGUCUGGAAGGUGUAUUACUCAAAUGGGAUAUGACUGAGUGUUUUGGUGGUCCAAAAAAGUGUCGCUUUUUACCUCAUCUUGGUUCGCCUAUUUCAUCGAUUUCAAGCUAUGGUGGUUUCUGUGAAGAUACAAUUAGCAUCACGUUAGAGAAUAACUCAUUUCACAUAUUGAACAGCGCCUUCACCUUGGUCUAUCAUAAACAAGGCUUUAUGCAAUUGCCUAGACGUUGGGUUCAAAUGCCUGAAUUUUUAUUGCCUAAAAAUUUAUUCAUCUUGGAGAAUAACUUUAUGCGUUCAACUGGUGCCGUCGCUUUUGGAGCUCAGCCGGCUGCAUCGAUUCCCACGUUGGUCUUGACGAAUGGUGGCAGCGGCAAAUUACAGCUGAUCGAUAUUAAUGAUAAUGAGAGAAAUGCUCAAAAAAUAGAUAUAACCAAUCAGAAUCAUGUGGUCAGACUGAACACUUCCAAACUGCCAGUCAUGUAUUCUGAGGUUUUACUAACCGCUCAGUUAGCUAGUGAAGCUGAAUUCACCUGGCUUGUCACCUAUGAAUGCUUAAGGACGUCGUCUGACAAAUUGGGUUUCGAUAACCAGUCUCGUCUUACCUGGUGGCAGUGUCGGAAAGCUGAUGAUAUUGAAAAAGAUGGUAUGAAGGAUGACGCGAUUGUUAAGGCGCGAGAAUUGGCAAAAUUCACUCCAAUCGACACUUAUUCAAUGGCUCAUUUUGGUUGUCCUGCUGUAGGCAUGGGUUUUGUACCAACGGAUAGGAAAGAGUUAUAUGUCUUGCUGGCAGAUUAUCGUCUUAUGAUAUGGUAUUUCAAUGAUGAAUCAAAGAAACAUCCCCUCUAUUCACCAUGGAUUCCAUCAUCGUGUCAUUUAUUAACACGUGCUAAUCCAUUUGAGUCAACAAUGCGACCUAUCUCAACAAUUAUCACUUUUAAUAUGAAUAAUAAUCAGACAGUUGAACCGUUGAACUAUUUACUGAUUUGUUCAGGUGCCAGUUUAACUCUUUUCAAUUGGGAACAACUUGUUAUACAAAGUCAUCCAAACCAUACUGCUAAUCUUCAAUUAAAAAAUAAUCUAUUACAAAUAUGGCCAGAUUGUAAAAAGAGUUUUAUUGACAAUUGCACUGUUGUUGUCACCGCUCCAUCGGAUUGUCCUACUGAUACUCAUUACAUCGCUGUUACAAUUCGUACUCAAGGUAGUAGAUCAGCCGAAGGGCGUAAACUCUAUUCAGCUCUCUGUCUCAUCAAGUGUACACCUAUGAGUUUAGAAGUUGUAUCAAUCAUUCCUAAUGUGUAUGCAACAUGCAUGACUUCUCAUCCGAGUAAAUCUUGCAUAGCUAUAGGUUUACAAGAUGGAACAGUCGCUGUAUAUAAACUCCAAUUGGAUUCCGAUGUCAAGUUACAGUUAACUCACAAUCUACCCAGCUUACCUGCUCAACCAUUAUGUGAUCGUAAGCAUAAAGGUGGAGUGAAGAACAGAGAGAAGAAUAAGAAGAAAUCUAGUGGGACACAGGUUAUCUCGCUGAAUUUUAUUCCCUCGAAAGACCAUGAUGAUGCCGAUGAGAAGGAUGGGGAGGAGGAUGGUCAACUUGACAAGGAAGGAAUUCAACUAGUCGGUAUUAUGAAAACUACAGUCGGGCGAGAAACUGGACGUCGUGAUCUAGUUUAUUAUGGCAUGCGGAAAGGACAGAAAUGCUCAAGUGAAACAGAACCACCUCCGCAUCUCAGCAAACAAUCAAAACAAGGCCUACUACAACUAGUCGAUGCUGCAUCUCCAGUUCAAUUCAAUGGUCGAUCAAGACCAGCUAAACGAAAAUGUGAUGCAGAUCAACAACUGGAGAAUACACUCAAACAGAUUAGUCAGUAUCCAAUAUAUACAGCACCACCACCGGAUCAAUUGUUACAUCAGUUGAUGCAGAAACAUUGAUUACUUCAUACAAAUAUAUAGAUAUAUGUACAUAUUUGGAAACAUUUUGUACAUGAUACAUGAUAUAUAUAUAUUUCUUUUUUACUGAC